AUGGAAAGAUCCAAAGUACUUAACAAGGCCCAUUUGAUUGAGAGCAUUGUACGCAACCGAAUUCAAGACUCUCUCUUUUAUAAGCAGCAUCUUUUCCUAACCAACGAACUGAAUAUUCUUGAUGUUAUUGUGCAGCAAGUGAAGUAUCUUGGAGGAAUGGAUUCUGGUGGCAGACCAUCCCCCUUCUUAUGUUGUCUUCUCCGACUUCUUGAGCUCGAACCACUGGAUGAAAUCAUUGAAAUGUAUCUUCUGCAGAAUGGCUAUAAUGAGUUCAAGUACUUGACCGCGUUGACGCUUUUAUAUUGUCGUCUAGUCUGGAAGCCCAAAGAGUUCUACACACUAUAUGACAAGUACAUCCAAGACCAUCGCAAGCUCCGAAUACAGCUUAAGCUGCCUGAAUUUGUCAACCAUUUACCGGUACACUUCAAAUUGACGUACAUGGACGAGUGGAUCGACCGUCUAGCCGAAGACGACCGAGUAGUGGACAUAAUUAUGCCGUACAUCACACCCCGACAGACACUCGCAGAAAAGGGAGAAGUUGAGCCAAGACGAUAUCUCUUGAGUGAAGAGCUGUCACUGGAUUCUGAUUACGAAAGUGACAGCGACUAG